AUGGUUGGAUACGGACAGAACUAUCCUAGGCAAGUUCAUCACCGAGGUUCGUCGAUUGUCUCCUUUAAAGUCGAUCAAAAGUCUGUGACUUGCCGAGGUGGCUAUGCCACCUGGUACAGCCGAAAAGGAAGUGAUCCGAAUGUCUUGACUGGAGCUCUAGUUGGUGGACCAGACGCUUACGAUAACUUUGCCGACCAACGGGACAACUACGAGCAAACCGAACCAGCGACUUACAACAACGCGCCUCUUCUUGGUGUACUAGCCAGGUUAAUUUCCGGGUCGACCGGUUUUGACCAGCUGCUUCCUGGUGUAAGUCCGACUCCAAGUCCGGUUAUCAAAAAACCAGCACCAGUACCAAAAAGGAAACCGACUACACCUCCUGCUUCUUCUUCUAGUUUCGUUACCAUAUCGCAGAAGAUGACAGCCUCAUGGAGUCGCGAAGGAAAGAUGUAUUACCGAUACUCAACAAGAUUAACUAACAGAUCUUCAAAAACUUUGAAAAAUUUGAAGAUAUCAAUAACCAAGCUCUAUGGUCCAAUAUGGGGUGUGGCGAAAACUGGAAAUUCAUUCGGUUUUCCCUCAUGGAUGCAAUCGUUAUCGGCAGGUCAAAGCAUGGAAUUCGUGUAUAUCCACUCAGCUUCUCCAGCAAACGUUUUGGUUUCUAGCUAUUCAUUUGAGUGA